AUGGAGAAUUGGGGGAGUUUGAGUCACCUGUUCGUUACAGUGUUCCUCUCAAAUGUAGCGAGCUUAAUGGUGAAUCCGGCCAUCACUGACGUUACAAUGGCGGCAGUGUGUCCUGGUAAAGACGAGUGUUCACUUGCUAUUUACCUCACCGGCCUCCAACAAGCGAUUGCCGGAUUGGGGUCUGUGGUCAUGAUGCCACUGAUUGGGAAUAUGUCCGAUGCUUAUGGCAGGAAAACUUUGCUCACUGUCCCCUUGGUUCUCUCCAUUAUUCCAUUAGUAAUUUUGGCAUGGAAGCGGACGACAACCUUUUUCUAUGCAUACUACGUAAUCAAGACUUUAACUGCCAUGGUUACUCAAGGCGGUGUUGUCUGCAUUGCCCUUGGCUAUUUGGCAGAUACUGUAUCUGAGGCGAAGCGUGUCUCUGCAUUUGGAGUCCUGUCUGGUGUAAUCUGUGCUGCAUUUCUUUGUGGUACCUUAGCUGCUCGGUUACUCUCCACCACACAGAUAUUUCAGGUUGCAGCAGUUGUAUCUAUUGUUGCAGCAGUGUACAUGAGAGUCUUUCUUAAGGAUACAACUUGCCAUGCUGAUGCCUUGGAGCAGCCAAUCUUGAUGAUGGAAACAGAAAGCAAUCAAGCCUGUUGUGAAUCAUCAAAGAAAGGGGACUUCAUUAAGGGUAUUCCAUCUCCAAAGGAUAUAUUUUGCUUGCUCAAGAGUAGCACUACAUUUUCACUAGCAGCAUCUAUUGCUUUCUUCAAUAGCCUUGCAGAGGCUGGACUUGAAGCUUGCUUACAGUAUUUCUUGAAGGCACGCUUCCACUUCAUGAAAGAUCAAUUCGCAGAUGUGUUACUCAUUACCUACAUUGGAGCCACCAUAUCAAAUGUGAUCUUCAUGCCUAUAUUUGGUCCUAUUAUCGGAGAGGAAGUGUUGCUUUCUUUAGGACUCUUUGCUGGUUUUCUAAAUAUGUUUCUUGACAGCAUAGCAUGGUCUGCUUGGGUACCUUAUGCCUCCGCUGCAUUGGGUGUUUUCUUUUUCCUGGCAACCCCAAAUAUAAGAAGCAUCAUUUCAAAACAAGUUGGAGACAAUGAACAGGGAGUUGCUCAAGGAUGCAUUUUGGGCAUAACAGCAUUUGCAAAUGUCAUCUCUCCAUUAAUUUUUAGUCCUCUUUCAGCUUUAUUUUUGUCCGAGACUCCUCCAUUUCAUUUCCCUGGCUUUAGCAUCCUGUGUGUUGGACUCUCUUGGCUGAUAGGUUUCUUUCUGAGCACAACAAUGAAGUUUAUUCCCCAUCGUUCAAGAGAAAAAGUCGUUCCAACUCCAGUACCAUGGAUGGAGAUAUUAGCUUUGUGUGCAUUUCUUUGUACAGUUGUGUAUUUUAGAAUCUUCGUACUGUCAUCUUUCUUCUGGCUUGGCUAUCCACCAGAAGAAUUUAUCAUAUUUCAGACAAAAAACUGGUGGAAAACCAGUAUGGAGUGUUGGACCAGCUUCCUUCGCUGUGAUAAAAGGGAAGGACAUAUCUCGGCUUCACAGAAGUUAAAACUGGCUCUAGGGCUGGAAAACAGUGGCAAAGCAUUUAUUUGGGUUGCUAGACCACCAAUUGGUUUUAGCUUGACUGAGGAAUUCAAAACUGAAUGGUUACCCGAUAGUUUUGAGGAACGAAUGAAGAAACAGAAUUGA